AGUAUCUCGAUGUUGGAAACACAAAAAUGGAAGAAGUUCAUCCAUCAAUUGUUGAACGGUUGCCACGUCUUGAGUGGCUUCGUUUAGGCGGCAGAAACGUCAAGAGAAUAACACAUGUCCCAGAAAGUGUAAGGCAUCUAGACCUAAGCAAUAGUGGUAUAGAGAGUAUUCCAGAUUGCGUCACAGGUCUUCCCCAACUAGAAAGUCUUUUUGUCUACAAGUGCAGACAACUGGUGUCACUGCAAGGUCUUCCCCCUUCGCUCAAGUACAUUAAUGCAAGCAAUUGUGGAUCACUCGAGAGAGUAUGUUUCUCUUUCAAUGAUCUAAUCAGGCACCUCAUGUUUCGCAAUUGUUUUAAUCUGGAUGAAGGAGCCAGAAGAGUGAUCUUACAACAAAGAGGUUACAACAAUGUAUGGUUACCAGGUAGAGAGGUUCCUGCAGAGUUCACUCACAAAGCUAAAGGAAACUCCAUAAUAAUCCCUGUGGUUCUGGAUCGUGCGGGAAAUUUCUCAGCUUUCUCAGGAUUUAAAGCUUGCCUGGUGCUUCCGCCAACCAAGAAGUAUGCAUUACUUGUUAUAACUUGCCGUAUAAGAAGCAAAGCAGGUGUCAUCAUUACGGAACUUAAGUGGAAUUCAGUGAAUUAUUUUCAGUAUCAAACGACACAUCUGUUUAUAUGUGGUGGCAAGUUGGUUCGAGAAACACCUAAAGUGGAUGUGACUGCGAGGGAGAUCAUGUUUGAAUUCAGCUGCAGGGAUAACCACAAGAUUCUUGAGUGCGGUGUACGGAUCUUGAGUGAGGAAGAAGAGAGUAGUAGUGGUAACAAAGUGGGCUACUUUGAAACUGGAGGCAGCAGUACUGACCACUACACAGAUGGAGAGGAAGGCUAUGAACCUAAAGCUGUUCAGUUCCUGAAGUUUGAUCAAAGGCAACACUAAAAGCUCAAAACUCAAGACAUUGCCUGUGUUUCAAGAUUUCAUAAACUCAAAAGCGUUGU